GAUAACAUAUAAAAAUCUACUUAUUAUUUUUUUAAACUUUUGACAUAUCAAAGUUCCUAAGUUUUGAUGCAUCUAUCUGUAUUUUCUACCACCCUUUGGACCAAGUCGUAUGCAGCUCUGGAAGGUUAUUGUGCUCAUGGCACAAUGAAGAGAAGAUCUGAGUCACAUUUAUAAUAAAUCACAAUGGUUAUUGGUGCCUUUCCAGCGGCCAAAUUGGGUGUUUUGGCCAUCAAACAAGUCAGUAAACCCAUAGCGAAUAUCAUUAAAUCCAAAGCCAAAGAACAUCCAUUAUUUCGUAACUACAUUUGUAUGCCACCGGCUCAGUUGUAUAACUGGGUAGAAGUCAAGACGAAAAUGUGGGCCCUUAAUCUGGGGAAACCUGUCAAUGUACCACCACUAACAGAAGCCAUGGCUGUGGAGUUGGGAGCAAAUCUAUUGGGUGAAUUCAUUAUAUUUGCCAUUGGCGCUGGUCUAUUGAUAUUCGAAUAUGCCAGACAAACCAGCAAUGAGGCGAAAAAACAAGAAAAGAUGGCCCUUGAAAAAGCCGAACUAACAAAUAAUUUAGCUGAACUGACAUUCCGUUUGGAACGGCAAGAUGCCCAGUUAAGAGAAUUAACCAGAGUCCUAGCAGAUAUUGAAUCACGCUCCAUUUUCAGAUGGACCCGGGAACGGUUAAACGAAUAUCAACCUUUUAAUCCAGACAAUCCUGAUCAGUCACCAAAUAGAAAAACACAUGCCAAAUCACCUUAUCCAUCUGAUGGUGGUCUAGUCAUGAGAGCUUUACAUUUCCUAGAUACUCAAGUGUUCACCAAUGUCCCAGUGUCUGUAUCACAACAACAACAACCUCUACACCAAACACCAACAUCAUCAUCAACAAAUUCUGCCAUGGUUCCAGAGACUUCAUUAUCGGAAAAUCUCGUAGAUAGCGAUAAUUAUCAGAAAAGUCCUAGCAACAACAAAGAAAGUCAAGCUCUAAAACAGUGACUACUGCCGCAAAAUGUUCUUUUAGAAAAUUCAAUGGCUAAACUUAAAUAUGACAUAGAUUUAGCUACAUCUGGAUUAGGAUCAGAUUAGCACCAAAGUUGUUUUGUUAUUGAUAUUUUAAUUUUAUACAAUGACUAUUGUAAAUUAUAUAAAUAUUUUAAUUUAAAAUGCUGCAGAUUCUAAUUCAAAACCACAAUACUUUUCUACAACUCCAAUCCUGUACAAUUCUCUCGCAAAUAGACCUGCACUUUUUUUUAGAAAAUAAUUACUUUGGAAUUGUAAAAAGUCACUCAUGGAUUUAUAAAAUGUGUUAUCAAGCAUUUACAUGUCCUCCACAAAAUUGUCACCCAUCCACAUAUUCAAUUUAGCAGUAUAGUGUUUUUUGUUAAUUACUUUUAUAAAUGUUUGCUUCAAAUACAGUCAUCAACGUGGUUGCGUAUUGCAUAUGUUAA